AACAUCAUUUAUUUUUAGUUUAAUGUUGAUUUAUAGCUAAACUAGUUUACAAUUUACCUAAAAUUAAUUUGAAGUUAUUCUAGAGUUACCCUAAAGUUAGCUUUAGCUUAAAUUAGCAUACAGCUAGCUGGAUACCUCAAGUUUGUUUAAAGUUAGACUAGUUAUUGAAAGUUAGCUCAAAGUUAAGAUGUAAGUUUAAGGGCCAUUGUGUAGUGCAGCAACCGCUACACAUGGUGAGCUACAGCCCUCUAUGGAGCCGUCCUGGGUUUGAUUCCCACCUUGAGACCUUUGCUGCCCAUUUCCUGUCUGGUAACUACAAAUCAAGGCUGCUAGAUCCAUAAAGGUUUAAGUUCAAAGUUGUUUUACUGUUUGUUUAGUAAGUUAUAUCGAGGACAGAGACUGACGGAAUAAAAAAAAAUCUGUAAGCUUACAGCUAGCUGCAAGCUAGCUUACAGUUAGUUGAUAGUCUUUGAAAUAGAUUAAAAUUAGCUUGAAGAUAGCUUAGCUUUAAGUUAGUUUAAAAUCAACUUAGACAUAGUUUACAGUAAUUCCUUCUUUAUUGGUUUUGGUUCUAAAUUGCUUGGUGGAGCAGUCUGGUCUGUUUUGAAGAUCUGAUUUGAAGGUAACAAACUGAAGUUGGUCCAAUCUUGAGUGAAUCUCCUGAGAUCUAAGAUCAGUAGAUUAGUUUCCUUUACUCAGUUAGCUACCAAGCCGUGUAUAAUUUUUCCUGAGUUCAGUGAAUGCCUCUCAGCAGCUGAUAUUUGUGUCAAAUUAUCUGUCUGAGGUUCUCCUUACAGCUGCUUCAAACACUGUCCUUAGUUACUGCUGUGUGUGUGUGUGUGUGUGUGUGUGUGUGUGUGUGUGUGUGUGUGUGUGUGUGUGUGUGUGUAUGUGGUAUGUACAGUGUGUGGUGCCUGGUGGAGGCCUUGAACAGUGAGCUCUGUGUUGAUGAAGUAAAACAAAGACGUGACUUCUUUAAACGCUGCAGCAGUUCUCACAGUCACUCAAAGCUGCAUCUCUGGCUCCUGUUCUGUGUUCUGGACCCGGCAGGUUGGCCCGGUCCGUCUGCGGCAGCACCAGGUGGGAUCAGGCCCCAGUGGUCUGUGUGUCUAAAUCUGAUCUGUAGGUCAUUUAGCAUGUCAUCAAAACAUUUCACAUGCAGAUAGAAGAACCUACCUUGGCUCAGAUGUUCCCAGGAGCUGCCUUUUUAAAAAGGUAACAAGAGGCAGAUUCAUGUGACACACUUUCAUCUCACUCAUGGUCCCACAGGGGAAACAAAAGCAUGCCGCUAAGCAUCCUGGGAAAAAACAAUAGAAAGUCCACUCCAACUAUCUGCUACAUUACUACUUUAAAGUUCAUUCAAGUUAUUAAAAUGGGAAACAUUUUAUGGCAAUGAUUAGUUUAAAAUAAUGUCUUGAAAAAUGACCAUCGUCCUGGGAAAUAUCAAUCAAUCAAGUUUAUUUUGAGUAGCACAAUUUAGAUUCAAGGCAGUUCAAACAGCUUUACUUCAUAAACACAAAAAUAAAAAAUCAUGAGUCAACACAGAGUUGACAGCUGAGAAACCAGUGACAACUAUUACAUGCUGAUCAGAGCCAUCAUCAACAUCAUCAAUACACACCAGACAUAUUCAUCAAUGUUCCAUUUAUUGUGGUUCAAGAACUGACCAGCUGGGUUUUAGUCUGGGUUUAAAGGAACUCAGGGUUUUGGCUUUUUUCCAGUUUUCUGGAAGUUUGUUCCAGAUUUGUGGUGGAUAGAAGUCGAAUGCUGCUUCUCCAUGAACAACAGCAGAUCUGUAGUGGAUUAAAGAUCAAGAAAACAAACGGCCUGAGGGAUUAAUAUGGAAAUGUUUAUGCUUGUAUCCACACUUGAAUAAUUUUUACAGUAAAUGCUAAUCUAUCAGGAUAUUUAUGCUGCAGGGUUCAGAGACAGCCGGUCUCCUCUGCCAGAGGCUCAGGUGUUAGUCCUGAACAGGUUUCAUUUCUGGUGGGUUUGAAGGAAGCUGGGACAGUUUGGACAGGUGGACCGGUGGGUCCUGCAGGGCGCCUGGGUUCGGAUAGUCGGUUCUCUUUGACCGUCAGAAAAGAACCAGGAGGUUCUGGACUCCACCGGUUCGACGAAAACAGCGCCACCCUGCAGUUACUGUCCGCUCAGUGGUCACAGCAGGUACUGCAGCUGCAGCGCCGCUCCGCACGGCCGCUCACUGCGCACGCGCAAUGAGAUGAAUGGCCGCUGCACCUGUCAGUCCACCAGGAUGUGUGGCGGACAAAUCCUCGGCCGUUAAUCCAAGCUCGGUUCGGUCAUCGGAGGAGGCUCCCACCGUGGCAUGCUGAGCGGACCGGAGCGCUCCGUCUGACCGUCCGGACUCAGCCUCCCCCGGGGCCGCCCGCCUCCUCACCCCGCCUGCAGAGCCUCAGACCCCCGCUGCUGCCGAGCUGAGGCUGCGUGAAGCUCCGUGAAGCUCCGGGCGCGUCCAUCCUGACUGCAAUGGGAUGCUGCGGGAGCGCGGAGCGGACAAAGAGAGAAUGGAGACCGCUGGAGGACCGGAGCUGCACCGACCUGCCCUGGUUCCUGCUCUUCACCGUCUUCUGCGUCGGCAUGGGCAGCAUCUGUGGCUUCACCAUCGCCACUGGCGGCGCCGCUCGCCUCAUCUUCGGCUACGACAGCUACGGCAACACCUGCGGCCGGCGUAACGAGCGGAUCGAAGGCGUGCAGCUGAGCGGGCUGGACCACACCGACAGGAAGUUCGUCUUCUUCCUGGAUCCCUGCAACAUCGACAUCGUCCAGAGGAAAAUCAAGUCGAUGGCUCUGUGUGUGUCCCUGUGCCCCCCCGAGGAGCUGAAGACCCACCAGGACCUGAAGAGGUUCGCCAUGACCAAUGGUUCAGAGCUCUGCUCCUAUGAGUUGCCGGCUCAUCGUUACCCGGCGCUACCAGAGCGAUUCUCCAGGUGUCCCAAGCUUCCCGUCCCCCGCAGCAAGCCGCUACCGCUCUUCAACCGCUGCACGCCGGUGGACGUGUCAUGCUACGCCCGGUUCGCCGAGGCGGUGGUGACCUUCGUGGGCGACAGCAGCGUCCUGCAUCGCCUCAUCGCCGGUGUCGCCGCCAGCAAAGAGAUCAUCGUCGGACUCUGUGUCCUCGCCUUAGCGCUGUCCAUGGUCCUGAUGGUGAUUAUCCGCUACAUCUCGGCCGUGCUGGUCUGGAUCCUCACCUCGCUGGUGGUGCUGGGCUCCCUGGCGGGAACCAGCGUCCUCUGGUGGCUCUACAUUGACCACCGGCUGUACGCCAACGACACGUCCUCCAAGGACCCCACGGAGGCCAAACAGGAGGCACCGGAGGGGCAGCGGGACGGCGGCCAGGCGCUGCUGGUCUACGCUGCCGCCGCCACCAUCUUCACCAUCAUCCUGCUGCUGCUGAUGCUCUUCAUGCGGAAGCGCGUGGCGCUCACCAUCGCUCUGUUCCACGUCGCAGGAAAAGUCUUCAUCCACCUGCCGCUGCUCACCCUGCAGCCCUUCAUCACCUUCCUAGCCCUGCUCCUCUUCUGGGUCUACUGGAUCCUGGUUCUGCUCUUCCUGGGAACCACCGGGAACCCGGAGCAGAACGAGGAGACGGGCUUGACGGAGUUCCGACUGACGGGCUCGCUGCAGUACCUGACCUGGUACCACGCCGUGGGUCUGGUCUGGAUCAGCGAGUUCAUCCUGGCCUGCCAGCAGAUGACCGUGGCUGGCGCCGUUGUCACCUACUACUUCACCAGGGAUAAGAACCGGCUGCCGGUGACGCCCAUCCUGUCGUCGGUUCUGAGGCUGGUCCGGUACCACCUAGGAACCGUUGCUAAGGGGUCCUUCAUCAUCACGCUAGUGAAGAUCCCCCGCCUCAUCUUGAUGUACGUCCACAACCAGCUGAAAGGACGGGAGAACGUGUGCGCCCGCUGCCUGCUGAAGUCCUGCAUCUGCUGCCUGUGGUGUUUGGAGAAGUGCCUCAACUACCUGAACCAGAAUGCAUAUGCAGCCACUGCCAUCAACAGCACCAGUUUCUGCACAUCAGCCCGGGACGCCUUCGUCAUCUUGGUAGAGAACGCGCUGCGGGUCGCCACCAUCAACGCCGUGGGAGACUUCGUGCUCUUCCUGGGGAAGGUCCUGAUCAUGACAUGCACAGCAUUCGCCGGCGUCCUGCUCCUCAACUACCAGCGGGACUACGCCGAGUGGCUGCUGCCGCUCAUCAUCGUCUGCCUCUUCUCCUUCCUGGUGGCCCACUGCUUCCUGUCCAUCUUCGAGAUCGUGGUGGACGUCCUGUUCCUGUGCUUUGCCAUCGACACCAAGUACAACGAUGGCACCCCCGGGAAGGAGUUCUUCAUGGACAAAGCUCUGAUGGAGUUCGUGGAGAGCAGUCGGCGGCUGGAGCGAGCGGGUGGACGUGGGCGGAGCCGGGUGAAAGAGGCAGCGUCAGAGGGGGCAGAGAUGAAGCCCAUGAAAUAUGUUGACCUUCGACCCGAGUCCUAAUGCCCAGCUGGCUCAGCCUCUUACUGGGAGCAAACCAGAGUACCAGACGGAACUCAGAGCGGUUCUGGCGCCGGUUCUUUGGACCUUUACUCCAUCAGAGGUGCUCCGAGUCGGUCCGGUUCCCACCGGAGGCGGAGCCUGGUCAAGCCCCGCCUCUAAGGCCUUUUCCCAUCAUGCACCUCAGCGGGGAGCCUGCAGGGGGAGCCGCUGAGCCGCUAAUUGCACUAAACAUGGAGUUCCUGCAGCGCCGGACGGACGGAGUUCGUAGAUCAGAUUCACCUGAACGCAUCGUGACCGCUGCUGAAGGGCAGAUUUGCUGCAGGAGCUGAGCAGGUUCACUCCAACACCAACAGGACCGGGUCCGUACCGGCCCGUUCCCAUGAAGGGGAACCACGCAGAGGGCAGCAUUAUUUCAAAAUAAAACAGGAAGUCAUCAUGACAGGGUUUCUACACUUUCGGUUUCUACACAAUAAAAGUCAGAAAAAUGUUGGAGUUUCUACACUUUUAUCUAAACUAUAAUAAAAUAAAUAUUUAAUAUUUAGUUUUUAGUGGCUUUGGUUUUACUGCUGUUCUAAUCUGGACCAGCGGUUCUGAUCCGGGUCGGCUUUAGAUGCCACAUAAUCUGUUAAAUCUGCUAUUCUAUUAAUAAAACAUUUCCAACUUAAAACCUGAUUCCCUUCCUGAUCUGAGGGGACGCUAAUAAAACCAACAUGGAAACAUUUUGAAACGGAAAGCAGGAGGAACCCAGUCAUGAUCAGAACAUCAGGGUUCUGAUCGGAUCAGGAAGGAACCGGUGCUGAUCCAAAAACCAGAAAAAAAGGCAACAAAACGUUUCUGUUGAAGAAAAACUCUUCAGCCUCCAUCCGACCAAUCACAGCACAGGCUCCGCCCACUGAAGAUGAGCGAGGCUCAGAGAGGUUCCGGUUCUGGAACUGGAGUCAAACAUCAGCAGAACAAACUGUUCUUCCUGGAAACCAUCCGAACCGAACCGGACCGACCAGGUCCAGGUGUGCUGAUGGGUCCGGAUCGGUUGGAAUCACCUGGAUCAGACCCGCAGCCUGGAGUCCAGGUGCAGCUUCCGGUUUCUGUUCUGGGUUCCGGACUAGAGCGUCUCCGCGCCUUGCCGCCAUUUUUAUCAGACUGUUUGCAGCUGAAGCACGUCCCGCAGCCAGUUGCCAUUUGUAAAGUUGCUGCAAAAAACGAACAGCAAUGACUUGCUGUGUUCAUAGAGAACAUGUCGGUUUCACCAUGUCAUUCAUAUUUAGUUUCUUGGUUGAUUCUUCAACGUUUUUACACCAAAUGUUGAUUCAUUUUAAUCUGAAUUGUUUUCUGAACCAGCAGGAAGUUGAUCCAGAAACUGAAAGGAAUCGAUGAUGAAAAAAGCAACUUGGGCGACGAAAGCCCAGUUUUUCUUUUGAUAUGUCACUUCCUCUUAACGGCAAGCCAAUUUGCACAUUAACUAAUAUUUCACUAUGAGGAAAAUAAACAGGAAUAAAAUUAUAAACAAACUGAU